AUGUCUGGAAAAGGAGCUCUUUCUAUCGUCCCCGCCGGUGUCAUCUACGGUGAUGACGUCCGCAAGCUCUUCGAGUACGCUCGCAAGGAGAAGUUCGCCAUCCCCAACGUCACCUCCUCCUCUAUCGUCAACGCCUGCCUCGAGGCCGCGCGCGACAUCAACUCGCCCAUCAUCCUCCAGCUGUCUCAGGGCGGUGCUGCCUUCUUCGGCGGUAAGGGUUUGAAGAACUCUGCCGAGAAGCAGGAGGCUUCGGUCGCUGGUGCCAUUGCCGCCGCGCACUUUAUCCGCGCUAUCGCUCCCUCUUACGGCGUCCCCGUCGUUCUCCACACUGACCACUGCGCCAAGAAGCUCCUCCCUUGGUUCGACGGCAUGCUCGAUGCCGACGAGGAGUUCUUCAAGCAGACCGGCACUCCCCUUUACUCGUCCCACAUGCUCGACCUUUCCGAGGAGAGCAAGGAGGAGAACAUCAAGGACUGCGUCCACUACUUCAAGCGCAUGGCCAAGAUGAACCAAUGGCUCGAGAUGGAGAUCGGUAUCACCGGUGGUGAGGAGGACGGUGUCGACAACUCAAACGUCGACAACGCCUCGCUCUACACCCAGCCCGAGGACAUCUACGACGUUUUCACCGCCCUCAACGCCAUUUCGCCCAACUUCUCUAUCGCCGCCGCCUUCGGUAACGUCCACGGUGUCUACAAGCCCGGAAACGUCGUGCUCCGCCCCGAGAUUCUCGGCAAGCACCAGGAGUACGCUGCCAAGCAGCUCAGCAACGGCGACGAGAAGCCUCUCUUCCUGGUCUUCCACGGUGGAUCCGGUUCGUCCAAGGACGAGAUCCGCGAGGCUGUCGUCAACGGUGUGGUCAAGAUGAACGUCGACACCGACACUCAGUGGGCCUACCUCACCGGUAUCCGAGACUUUGUCCAGAACAAGAAGGACUACCUCCAGACCCAAGUCGGAAACCCGGACGGAGCCGACAAGCCCAACAAGAAGAACUACGACCCCCGUGUUUGGGUCCGGGAGGGUGAGAAGACGCUCUACACGCGUGUCAAGGAGGCGUGCGCGGAUUUGGGCAACGACAACAGGAACUAA